UACAUUGCCGUGUUACAGCUUUAAAAGGUUGGGUGACUCCCUGCUGAUUAGUUGCACUUAAACAAACUCUCUCAACACACUUCCUCUCUCAGUUUUGAGCAGCACAUGGAAAUGGAAGACCAAAUGGAGAGCCAAAAGAGAAGAGGAAUAAGCAAGGAAGACCUAAUAUCUGAACGGACAGGGUCUUUGGGAUGCAUCGGUUGGUUCAUAGUCAUACUUUCUGGCAUCUUCACUCUUUCCCUCUUCCCCAUCACCAUCUGGUUUUGUCUGAAGAUUGUUCAGGAGUAUGAGCGAGCUGUCAUCUUCAGACUGGGUCGCAUCACAGACAGGAAAGCUAAAGGACCAGGAAUUUUCUUUAUUUUGCCAUGCACUGAUUCCUUUGUGAAAGUGGAUCUGCGAACAGUUUCAUUCGACAUCCCACCACAAGAGAUCCUGACCAAGGACUCAGUUACAGUCUGUGUGGAUGGAGUGGUGUACUUCCGCGUUAAUGACCCCAUCGCCUCUGUGGCCAAUGUGUCCAAUGCUGACUUUGCCACCCGUCUGCUGGCACAAACCACCCUGAGAAAUGUCCUGGGGACUAAGAACCUGGCUGAGGUUUUGUCUGAUCGUGAGGGCAUCGCUCACAGCAUGCAGUCCAGCCUGGAUGAGGCCACAGACAACUGGGGCAUCAAGGUGGAGCGUGUGGAGAUUAAAGAUGUGAAGCUGCCAGUUCAGCUGCAGAGAGCCAUGGCUGCUGAGGCAGAGGCUGCACGAGAGGCCAGGGCCAAGGUGAUUGCAGCAGAAGGUGAGAUGAAUGCAUCUCGUGCUCUUAAGGAGGCUUCCCUCGUGAUCGCAGAGUCUCCAUCAGCCCUGCAGCUUCGCUACCUGCAGACUCUCAACACCAUUGCAGCAGAGAAGAACUCCACCAUCAUCUUCCCUCUGCCCAUGGAUGUCAUGUCUCACUUCAUGCGGAAGUGAUUCCUCAGUGAUACCUCAGUUUGCUGGUCCUCUAAAGUCACUGUUUGAUCGCAGUGUGACUGCAGCCACAUGUAAAAUAACUGCCAGCAUGAUGAUGCCAUUCUUGAAUGGUUGACAUUUUCUGUAGACUGAUCAUAGAAACACCUUUAUGGCAUAUAUAGUCAAACUGUGACCAGGUCAGACCUGCUAACUGAUGUGAUUUCAAUUAAAUACAGAGUAGUCAACAUAGUUUACAUGUCUUUGACAAAUUUUGUUUUGAAACUGGUAUAUCAUUGUAAUCAUGUAAGAGUCUCAUUGAUGAUAUUAUACUGUAUGAUGUCAUGUUGAUCAGUUGCAUAUUUUUAAUACAUUAAAAGGUUUCAUGCCAA